AUGGCGUUAAAAGAGCUUCCCUUCUGUGACCGACGCCUUCCGCAUUUUUCAUAUCUCUCUCUCUCUCUCUCUCACUCUCCUCUCUCUCUCUCUCUCUCUCCUCUCUCUCCUCUCUCUCUCUCUCUCUCUCCUCUCUCUCUCUCUCUCUCUCUCCCCUCUCUCUCCCCUCUCCCUCUCUCACUCUCUCUCUCUCUCUCUCUCUCUGACUUUAUUUUAGUAACGAUCUUUCUUUUAACCUAUAUAUUUUUCUUUUUCUUUUUCUUCCUUUUUUCUUUCUUUCUUACUUUCUUUCUUCCUUCCUUCUUUCUUUCUUUUUUCUUCCAUUUUUCCUUCUUUCUUUGUCCUUUAUUUUCUUUUUUUAUUUCUACUUUCUCUUUUCUUUCUUUCUUUCUUUCUUUCUUUCUUUCUUUCUUUUUUUUCAGCGUUGUUCUUUCUUUCUCCCUCUCUUUUCCUCUCUCUCCCCCCCCCCUAUCUUAUUCUUUCUUACUUUAUUUUCUUUUAUUCGUUAUUUCAUUUUUAUUUCUCUUUUCUUUCUUUCUUUCUUUCUUUCUUUCUUCCGUUUUUCUUUCUUUCUUCAUUUUCUUUCUUCUUUAUUUCUCUCUUCAUUCUUUCCUUUUUCUUUCUUUUUUCUUGCUUUCUUUUUUCUUCCAUUUUCUUUCUUUCUUUCUUUCUUUCUUUCUUUCUUUCUUUCUUCUUCCUACUUUCUUCUCUUUUCUCUCUUUCUUUCUUCCGUUUUUCUUUCUCUCUUCAUUCUUUCCCUUUUCUUGCUUUUCUCUUUCUUUCUUUUUUCUUCCAUUUUCCUUCUUUCUUUUCUUUCUUUCUUUCUUUCUUUCUUUUUUCUUUCUUUCUUUCUUUCUACUUUCUUGUCUUUUCUAUCUUUCUUUCUUUUAA